GCGUGAGAGAGAAAGAGGAGGGCAUCUAAUCGGAUUAUGGAGGCAGAGUUUUGUAGCGCACUCGUCUUUUUCACUGUUAUCUUCUGCGGGGAAUGUCCAGCGCUUCCAUCCUCACUCAGUGCUGUUUGUUUGGCACAUCACAAUGUCUGAAAAGUUUCUCAGGGAACAAAUUGCGACAUUCUGAAGAUUGUUUCACUUUACACGCAACUGCAGAUACUUAUUUUCGGGAGUUUUCUGUUUCCACGUGCGUUUCUGUUCGUCGCCGAGUGCUGCUGAGGAACACUACAAUGACAGUGGCGUUAUACAAACAGAAAUUAUUCAAAUGAGCUGAUAAAACUACGGUAAGGUUUUGUUACAUGGACACCAAUUGCACUUGCUUUCUGUAUGAGUGGGGGGAAAAUGAAGUCGCGGAUACUUAAAAGAAGAUUUGAACCUCAGUUUGGAGAUUAAACUGUUAUUUUUGCUCGUUUGGUAUCUAUGACUUUAACGUACCUAAAUGCAACCGAAGGAGACCAGGAGGUGUUUGAUCCGCAUGACUUGAGGAUUUUAUCCUAUUGGGGUUAAAUGGUUCUGAUAACGGACAGCAGGGAUGGCGGAGUAUCAUCUCCAGGAAGGGUUAAAACACCUAAACAUGCUAAAAGCGCCCAGAUCUGUCCCACUAUCGUGGAGGAAUCACCUGAUCGCUCGGCCGAUAACGAUUAUGAUGAAUACCUCGGCUCGGUCGAGUUGGAUGAGGACUUCGAGGAGCUGGAUGACUUCUCAGACCUGCCGGAUACCAGGAGCAUCGUCUCAGAUGACUCCUUUUAUCCGCCGGACGAUGACUUCGCUGAUUCGGAGAGAACCCCUUCCCCGGAGAGUCCAGCACCGCUGUCCUUUUUUCAGGCGUGUUGCAACAACAACGCGCUUAUAGUGAAACUCAUGAUUAGACAAGGUGUCACGGAGGAGGAUGUCCAGGAGACGGACAAAAACAAUAGAACUGGACUAAUAAUGGCAUGCUACCAAGGGUACGUGGAUGUGGUGGUUGCUCUCUCCCAGUGUCCUCACCUGGAUGUGAACUGGCAGGACAAUGAAGGCAAUACAGCCCUCACCACUGCUUCUCAGGCGGGUCACAUCACAAUCACUAACUACCUACUCAACUACUUUCCCGGGCUUGACAUCGAGAAGAGGAACUGCCACGGUUUCACCGCUCUGAUGAAAGCUGCUAUACAGGGUCGAGUGGAAUGUGUCAGAGCUCUGAUGCUGGCAGGAGCUGACAUAAAUGCCAGGGACAACGGGAGGAAGUUCACUGCGCGAGAGUGGGCCAUCUUCACAAGCCGCUAUGACACUGUGUUCGCCAUGACGCGGCUGGUGCAGCAGCCGUGUGCGGAUCAGUUCUGCGACACCUAUCGGUGUGAGUGGCCCCUUCUGCCUGCGCUGGUGACCAAAGCUCAGGCGCCCAAAGGCUGCAUUCAGAAAAUAUCAGAGACACUACGUGACUUCUUUGACAUUAGUAACGUCACCAAGGCUUCAGAAGACGGGGUUCUGGAUCACAUGGUGCGCAUGACAACAUCACUGGGGAGCCCCUUCAUCGCAACGGCGUGUCGAACGGUGUGUCCCGGCAGCCCGCCCUGUGUGGGAAAACGCCGGUACUCUGUUCAGGAGAUACUAAAAAAACAACGCAUCGAGCAGCUGAAAAGUCUGGGACCCGAACGCCUCGAUAACUACAAACGUCUCUUCCAGAACUCCCGCGUCCUGCUGGUUCCCAAAUCGAAAGAUCGCCGUGCGAGUCUGCAACCCCAGGCCCAAUCAGACGGCUCCACCUCUUCCUCUCCAGCCAUCCGCAGGGCCAGUCUGCUCCCCUUACACCUGCUGAGGAGGAGCAGCGUUAGGCCAGGUAUGGUGGUGCCCAAGCUGAGGAUUUCCAAGGCACCUACGCCAACCUACAUGCCGGAGAAAGUGCGGCGGAAAAGCAGCUGUAUAGACGACCAGUUCCUCCAGAUCCCGAAGUGGAGGUAUAAAGAACUGAAAGAGGAGCGAAAGAAAGCAGAGGAGGCGGAAAGGAAAAGACUGGAGGCCAUAACGAAGAGUCAACUCACUACGGGCAAAAGGAAAUAAGUGUGUGCAGACAUACUGCUCACCAUUUAAUACUUGAAAUGCAAUUUUGAUGUUGGAUUCAAAUUUAUUUUACUAUUUAUUGUUAUUUCUUUUUAUAAUGCUAAAUGCUUCCAAACUCCUCCUAAAUCUUCUUUAAAAUGGGGUAAAGUGAAAGAUUUAAUUAAUCACUUUUCAUGUGUUUUGAGCAUCAGAAAAAUAGCUAACCAGAUCAGCUAAUGUGGGUACACUACUAAAACCAGAUGCUACUUUAUGUUUACAUUCUUAAAAUAGGGUUCUUUGAUUUUUUUUGAGUUGUCCAAAUGCUAGCAUUGUUUCAGAUUUAACAGUAGCAUUGUGAAUGUAUUUAACAAACAUACUUUGUCAAUACCUCAUUUUUAAACCAUUUUUCUAAACGUUGUAGAUGUUGAUGGUAUUUCGGCAGAAGAUCUGCCUGUAUUUGCACACAUUUCAGAGACAAAUGCUACAGACAAUCACCAGCAAGUAAUGAAAGACUGAAAAAGAGGUAGUGAUAUCAUGGAUCAUAUUUGAUUGUUUUUUAUUUAUACUACUAAAGCACUCUAAGUUCAUUACUUUAAUGACUUUGUUCUGAACCUAUAACUGUUCAAGAAAAAAAACAUGUAUUGUCUUUUACCAAAUGGUAUUUGCUACUAUAUGGGGAGAGUAGGGUAAGAUGUGUCUUGCACACUAAAUGAUUGGAUUUGAUGUAUUAAGGGCCCUACAUACAAAGCUGCCUGUGAUGGAGAGGUGCAUUUAAAAAAGGCUAAAGAUUUCUUUGCAUGUCAAAGUAAAUAGUUGUACAUGAAAGCCAACACAAAUGUAUACAGGUAUAUAUAUAUAUAUAUAUAUAUAUAUAUAUCAUACACACUACUGUUCAAAGUUUAGGGUGAGUGAGAUUUGUUUUAAAGUGAUUAAUACUUUUAUAUGUAGCAAGGACACAUUAAAUUAAUCAAAAGUGACUGAAGAAUUUUGUAAUGUUACAAAAGAUGCUGUUCUUUUGAACUUUUUAUUCAUUCAAAAAUAUAUAUAUAUAUAUAUAUAUAUAUAUAUAUAUAAACAGUUAUUCUAAAUAUUUCACAGUAUUACUUUUUUUUUAUUAUUAUUAAAUAAAUGCAGCCUUGUUGAGCAUAAGAGAAUUCUUUAAAAACAUGAAACAAAUCUUACCUUUGUAAGUCUUGUAUAUUGGUGAAAUAUUUAACCUUAUCCUGGAUAUCUUGGUAUAUGAAAAUGCAAAUAAUGUGCAGCAAAGUAAGACUUUACAAAGCUACUGCACUGUACAUUAGUAAAUAUUUCCCUUCCUCAUUUGUUAUUUUAAUUUAAUAUGUAAAUUAUUUCCCAAUGAUUCGAUUUAACCUUGACAUGACAGCUUACCCCUAACAUGGGCCCUUUUAUAAACACAUAGGAGGCAUCCUGAAAUAUUAUGCAUAUUUUUUUUCCAUUCCUUCUCAUAGGAGGCAUCUUAAGUAAAAAGUGGCACAGCUUACCCCGCUCUCUCUUAUGAUUUCUUUCGGAGCUGUAAAAAGUUAUUCCAAAUUCAAACAUAUCACAACAAAUCUCAGGUAUGAAUGCUUCUGCAUGCAGAAAAAUACAAUAUUUAAUUAAAGAAUGUGUAGGGUUAUCUGUUUGAAACUGACCGUCACAUCAUCUCAAACAGCACCACUGUGCCUCGGUGUCCAACACUCAAGACUACACAAAACACACUCCACACAGCUAAAUUCAUAAAGAUGCAAAGACCAGUGCAGACCUAAUGUCAGGUCACCCUGUUAUCUUAAAAUAACACUGUUUACACGCUACUUUAGGUUGUAAACCAAAAGUAAUGACCAGCAAUGCUUGGAAGGAGAAUCUCAUUGUAAUUUUGGAAUAAAAACUACUUUAUAAAUCCAAAGUGUGACUCCAUUUGUUGAACUUUGAGCAGGAGUAAAGGUGAAGCACACACCUUAUUAAGCUAUUGAGGUCACCGGUACGAGCUGACAGACGCUGAGGGACUUAUCAGUCUUGCAAGGUCAGCACUUGCCUCAGGACACCGUCUGAAGAACAAUGAAGAGCCCUCUGCUGGAGAACCAAAGCACUGAUGUGGGAUCUGCACUAGCGCUGAUAGCCUAUCAAAAACAAAUACACUGUGAAGGCCUGAAUGUCAGAUAGACCCCAGGGUUUGGGUCACUCUGAACUGGCUUCAAAGCCAGUGCUCGAUUUCCAGAUACCAUGCUGUGGAAAAGUACAACCUUGACCUGAAACAUGACAUUUCGUAAGGGUUUAGCUGCCACUCAUGCUUUUGAGGUUCACCUUGUCCGAGUGGGAACAGCAGGUUUGGCCAGCUGGUCUGUUAAUGGCACGCAUGCAUAAGUCUUGCUGCUUUGGGCCCAGAAAAUGCUGUGGGAACAACCUGAAGUUUGCGGCAGCUGCUGGCUCUUAUCAACACCUGAGUGAAGCACAAAGUGAACGGAGCGGGAUAGGAGGAGAGCUGGAGAACAUGAGAUAAUGAAACAGAGGAAGAGAACGGGGCAAAUCCUGAGUGGCAUUAGGUUUGGUGGCGGAG